GUCCUCGCGCACCGGAAGUCCUCGCGCUCGGCCUUUUCCGUCUGGACUGGAGACAGGCGGCUGCGAGCGGCCGGCGUGCUCCGAUCGGUCGGAGCUAACCGCUGCCAGGCGGGCUGCCGCGGCCCGGCACACGCCCCAGACGAGCGAAGAUGGUGGGCCGGAACAGCGCCAUCGCCGCGGGCGUGUGCGGUGCCCUCUUCAUCGGGUACUGCAUCUACUUCGACCGCAAAAGGCGGAGUGACCCCAACUUCAAGAACAGGCUUCGAGAACGAAGAAAGAAACAGAAGCUUGCUAAGGAGAGAGCUGGGCUUUCCAAGUUACCUGAUUUAAAAGAUGCUGAAGCUGUUCAGAAAUUCUUCCUUGAAGAGAUACAGCUUGGUGAAGAGUUAUUAGCACAAGGUGACUACGAGAAAGGUGUGGACCACCUGACAAAUGCCAUUGCUGUGUGUGGCCAGCCGCAGCAGCUGCUGCAAGUGUUACAGCAGACUCUUCCACCACCAGUGUUCCAGAUGCUUCUGACCAAGCUCCCAACCAUUAGUCAGAGAAUUGUAAAUGCUCAGAGCUUGGCUGAAGAUGAUGUGGAAUGAGCCAGAUACCAACAUGACGAGAUCUCAGUAAAAUAAUUUAACAGUUAGCUUGGAAGCUGAUCAGCUCUGGGGGAAUAAGGGCAAACUGUGCUUGUCAUGAACUGUCCCACACUGACAUCUGCCAACGCAAAUGUGAACUUUGGUAGAUCCAUUGUCUGUUCUAUUUAUUUUUCCAGUGAAAAGUAUUUUGAUAGAGCUUUUCAUUUUAUAAAUACACUGAGUUAACCAAAAUAUCAUGGAUUUCGUUUAUUCUUAAGACAUACAAUUCAAAUGUAAAUAUAGUACAGUAUUAGGUAGAAACUCGUGCUGAUUUUCAAAGAUUGGAAAAGAAUAUGAGGAAUAGUUGAAUAAUGCACAUUUUAAAGACUAGAACAUUAUUGUAUGUUGUAAAAUUGGGUAGAAACUUGUGAUUGUGAAAACUGAGCAUUAAAACCUUACAGAGAC